CCGCGGGACGAGCAGCAGCGGGCUCGGCGUGUCAUCCUUUCGAUCGAGCCAAGGCUGCGAUCGAAUCCCCGCGCGAGUGGAGCUCUGCGACCGAGGAGGUCUUAUCGAGCGUUCGCCUCUCGGCCACGCGCGUCGCCUCGUAGCAAACGAAUCAGUCGGUUACGAAUCAUCGCGUAGGAAGGAUGUCGGUCGAGCUGAGCAGUGUGUUGAUAAGCGACGCGGUCGACGAGAGGUGCCAGGCUUUACUGACCAAACAUGGCGUCAAAGUCACGCAGAAGCAGAAGCUCUCCAAAGACGAUUUGAUCGCCGAGCUGAAGAAACACGACGGGCUGAUCGUGCGAUCGGAGACCAAAGUCACAGCAGACGUCAUUGACGCGGUACCCAGUCUCCGACUUAUCGGGCGUGCCGGCACCGGCGUCGAUAACAUCGACGUGCCGGCUGCCACGCGCAAUGGCGUCCUUGUGUUGAACACACCAGCAGCCAACAGUAUCAGUGCCUGCGAGCUCACGUGUGCCAUGGUAUUGUCAUUGGCACGCAACAUCGCACAGGCAUGCCAAUCGAUGAAAGAGGGACGAUGGGAUCGUAAAUUGUACGCCGGAAACGAAGUUUCGGGCAAGACACUCGGAGUCAUCGGCUUUGGUCGGAUCGGGCGUGAAAUUUCGCGACGUAUGAAGUCGUUCGAUAUGCGGAUUGUUGCCUAUGACCCGUUCCUGACUAACGAGCAAUUCGCCGAGAUUGGCGUGACCAAAGGAGAGCUCGCGGAUGUUUGGAGGGAGGCUGAUUACAUCACCGUUCACACGCCACUGAUACCUCAGACAAAGAACAUGAUCAACGCAGAAACGUUGGGCAAAUGCAAGAAAGGCGUCUACAUCAUCAACGUGGCUCGCGGCGGUAUUGUUGACGAAGCCGCUUUAUUGGACGCAAUCAAGAGCGGACAAUGCGGCGGUGCUGCACUCGAUGUGUUCCUCGAAGAGCCUCCGAAAAAUUCGGCUACAAUCGAGUUAAUCAAACAUCCCAAAGUCGUCGCCACGCCUCAUCUUGGUGCCAGCACAGCCGAAGCGCAAAUCCGCGUGGCAGUCGAAAUUGCCGAGCAGUUCUUGGCGAUUUCCGGCAAAGCUAAAGAAUUUACCGUUACGGGCAUCGUUAAUCCUCCGAGCAAGUGAAAGCAAUGGUUUAUUCCGAUCAAUUAACUUAGAUGUGCUCAGCGUAAAUUUCGAAAUCUUGCAUGCAUCGGAGAUUAUAUAUAAAAUGUGAAACGUCGUGUCAUGUAAAUAAAUAAAUUUUGCUACGCGCAUGUGUACCCCUAACAAU